AUGGCAAGUAAAGUCCCUGAUCAUUUAGAGCAAAGGGCAUACUGUAAAGCAAGGGCGCUUCUCGGUUAUAACCCAACAGAAAUUAAAGCCGAUUUGAACAAAGUUUAUGGACCUUCUGCUCUAUCCUAUCCAACUGUUCUGAGAUGGGUACGUCGAUUUCAAGACGGUCGGCAGACGCUUGCAGAUGACCCUCGUAGUGGAAGACCUGCAACUGCCAUCACCAAAAAUGAAAUUGACACUGUGAAACAGAUCAUUGAAACUGAUGCAAGAUACACCGUUAAUGACAUUUCAUCUUUCACUGGGAUCAAUUCGUCAGCAGUGUUUGAAAUAUUAAAACACAGACUAAUGUUGAAAAAAGUGUGUGCUCGAUGGGUCCCCCAUAUUCUGACAAAUGAGCAGAAGAGGGUACGGGUAGAAAUUUGUCGACAGUUAUUAGAGAAAUAUGAACAUUGCGAUUUCAGGCGUUUAAACGAAAUUGUAACUGGUGACGAAACGUGGAUUUUCUUUUUCGAACCAGAAAUAAAGCGAAAUAAUAAAGUUUGGGUGACUGACGUCAAGGACAGGCCACAAAUUGCACGUCGUAGCCGCACAGUGCGAAAGAUUAUGUACGCUAUUUUCUUUGAUUCGAAGGGACCCGUCGUACAAAUUCCUGUCCCAGAGUCUACCAGUGUCACUGCUAAAUUCUACAAAGAAAAGGUGUUAACCAAAGUUGUGUCACAUUAUAAAGAGACCCGCCCUCGCACUGGAACCCGUGGUAUACAUUUACUCCAUGACAACGCACCAGCCCAUAAAGCCUCGAUUGUUACCGAAUAUUUGACAGAGAUGAACAUUAAAACUUUACCACAUCCUCCAUACAGCCCUGAUCUAUCCCCAUGUGACUUUUGGCUGAAUCCACUCAUCAAGGAUGCCUUAAGAGGACGACGAUUUGAAAGCCGCCAGGCUGUAGGCAGUGCGCUAUACCAGUGUCUGAAGGGUAUCCCUAAAUCGGCCUAUAAAUCGGCUUUUCAGAAAUGGAUUCAAAGACUGAAAAAAUGUGUAGAAGUAAAAGGAGAAUAUUUUGAAGGACUGUGA